UAUUAGUCUAUGUCAAGAAAAAUUAUAUAAAAAAUAUGGGAGACGUUAUAACACAAUGGCUAAGAGACAAAUUGGGUGUAAUAGUAGACGUUCACGAUGAUAGUUUUCUUGAAGCUGUUUUAAACGGUCACCUUAUCGCCUUACUUCUGCGUCAAUACAAUAUAAUAACCGAAAAGCAAUUAAAAACCAUCCAUGAUACCCACGAUACCUUAACAAAUAUAACAAGAGUAACAUUAUGGUUAAAAUGUUUGGAUCCGAGUUUAGAAGAGGAUGCGAUCAAUUGUUUUACAAAAAACAAAUUAUCUUCCACAGUGAAAUUAUUUUAUAAGCUUUACUUAGUUUUAACAGGUAAAGAUCAAUUACAUUACACCACACAAAAUGUAAUGAGAGAAAAACUUCGUUCCAAUAAUCGUUUUAAAUGUACAAUUGUUACUGAUGAAUACAAAGAUAUAGGCGAUGAUAUACAACUUAAUCCUUUAAGUCAACCAUUACAAGAUCAAGCUCAUAUAAUUCAAUGGCACAGAGAUCGUUACAGAGCAUUAUUAGAACGAUGUAAAGAAGCAAGAAAUGCUUAUAUAGCAUCGAUUGAAAAAUCGGACAUAAAACCAUCUCGUCCUUUUCGAUUUCGUACAGUAUCUGAAGCCCUACCAAUUGAACCUGAAUCGGACACAUUCGACGUUUUAUCUCUUAGCGAAACUUAUGACGAAUUAAAAACUCAAGAAAAAAAUGCCCAAGAAAUUGACUUACCCGAUCCAAACCCACGUGAAGCUCAAAAAAUCGUUAAAAAACUUAAAAAUAAAUUUAAAAGGGAACAAGAAGAACGUGCAAUGAAAUCUCAAAUGGAAACGAUUAUGGUUACAAAAAUUUGGAAUGAAACUGUUCGGCAGCAAGAAGAAGCUAUAGAAAUGGAGUUAUCAAAAAAAAUUUUGAAACAAUCUAAUUAUGAGAAACAAAUGGCGAAUAAAUUAUUCGAAAUUCGCGAGCAAAAACAAAUAAUGGCCCAAAAUCGACUUCUAAUACAAAGAGAAAUGCAAAAGCAAGCUGAUGAUGCAAUCUUAAAAUAUGUUUUUGUCAAAGAAAAAGAAUCGGGGGACGAAAGAAGUCGCUAUUAUCUAGAGAGGGAUCGUACUUUAGAACUUCAUCGAAGAAUCUACGCGCAAAAAAUACGAUUAAUGAAAGAACGUCGUCUUCAAAUGUGUACGGAAGCCCUUCGAGAUAUGGUAGACAUAGCUAUUCGUGAUGCUGAAUAUAAAGAGGCUUUUGAUGAGGAAAUGUCCCCAAAAAUGAAGAAAGAUCUAGCCGAUUUAUUCGUUAAGGGAAAAUCGAUAUUCGAUGUUGUCGAGGAUGUUGAGACGAUCAUCGAUUACAUGCCCAUCGAUGAUUUUGAUGAUGAGAUCGUUCUCGAAGAAAUCGAUAGGCAAAAUACUCUUGAUAUUAGAAAUUUUGAGGAUUAUUGUAAUUUUGUUUGGCCGUAUGAAAUCGAUGCGCACGCCAGUGAAUUCGUAGAUAAACUUGAUGAUAUUAAACUUGCUAUGAAUAUUUUAGGACAUGUUAUUUUUAGACUUUUAUUAACGAAAUACCCAAAACCAGCGUUACCAACCCCACCGAAUAUACCAAAAGUAGAAGUAGCUGCAUGCAUAGCAAAUAUUCCUGAUUUAACGGUAGUACCAAUUCUUGAAAAACUUUUGGUUGAACGUAAAAUAAAAGUGAUUCAAUUAGAAGAUACAAUAAAUUAUUGUUUGGAAGCUUACAAAAUGGAAAUAACUGUUGAAGCUCCGGAAUCGCAAUUCGUUAGCGAAACACAAGUAGCAAUUGAAGAUGUUAAGAAAGAUAAAAAGAACAAAGAUAAGAAAAAACCACCCCCCAAAGGUACGAAACCAGGGAAAAAGGGGAAGGAAGUGGUAGAAAUUGUUCCGGAAGAGUUACCUUUCAAAGAUCAAAUGAUACAAACACCAAGACUUUUUCCUUGUGAAGAAAUUAAAUUAACGCAAAAAGCCGAAUUGGGAAAAAUAGCUUACGAAGUAUUAAAUUUAGGGGAACCACUUAGUGAUGAGACUUUAGUAAAGAUGUUUGUUGAAUAUUUGAAGACGUUUUCUGGUAUUUACGGAUGGGUUUUAAUAAAUUAUCCGAAAAACUUUGAUCAAGCUGUGUUGUUAGAAGAAGCUUUAACUGCUAAAAAAGUUUCUAUAACUCAAAGUUAUGCUUUGGAACCACAAAAUUUAGAGGAGGAAUUCCAUCCGGAAGAACAAGAAACUGUCUUUUUUGGUACAUUUAUUAACGAAGAAAGUUGUAAUUGUACGAUUGAUCAACGCACAAUUACAUCUGGUUCCGUUGACGAUUAUACUUUUGAUGCACCAACGGAGACACCGUUGAAUUUUGACGAUUAUUUAUGUCAUCCAAAGCCACAACCUUCUUGUAAAUCGACAGAUAAAUGCGUUAGUUUUUCGGUGGACCCAGAAACAGUUCAGUUUUCCAGAAAAGAACCUGUAUUAGAUGACUUCGUUGAUAUAUCAUCACGCGACGUUGAACAAAAAUCAUUAGAUUACGAUAAGAAUGCACAAUAUCGUGUAUCUUUACUUUUAACAAACCCGGAUGUUGUUGCACCAGUGUUAGAUUAUGAUACUUAUUUAACAGCUUUAAUUAAAGUUCAACAAGACAUUGAUUCGCUACCAAACCCACAUAUAAUCGAUAUGGAUAAAGAUAUGAAUAUUUUAACACCAUUAGAUAUUUUUUAUCAAAACCAGGGAUGUCAUUACACACUUUAUUAUAAAACAUUAGAUUUCGCAGCUAUUAAACAUUUAGGAAAACUCAUCAUUGGUGAAUAUAAAAUACCGCCGAAAACUUCAGUUCAACUUUUUGGUGAUAUCGUUGAAUAUUUGGAAGCGGAGGUACCUCAACCGGAUGCUGUCAACCAAUCACAAUCAGUGAAAAAAGGCGAGAAAGCAGAAAAGAAAGAACAACCAAAAACGCAAGCACCUAAACCUGAUGAAGAACCAGCAGAUAAAGGUUCUAAAAAGGCAGGUAAGGGAGAUAAAGCUGAUAAAGGGAAAGGAGACAAGAAAGGCAAGCAACCCAAAAUUGCAGAAGAGGCUGAAGUUGUAAUUGAACGAGCCGACAAAGAAACUCAAAUUCCAACGCCGGUUCCUGAAACGAUUGUUGACUUUGUUGAAAUGAUUCCGCCAAACGCUGGAGAUGAAGACUAUAUUUAUGUUGAUUUACCUAUUGACGAUGAUUUCCAAAUUUGUUUAGCAACAAUAUGGGAAAAUGUCGAAGAAGUUUACGUUUACGAUUUUCGAGAGCUUUUCUUUAGAAGGCGCGUAACUUGGCGAACUGUCGUUCCUUACAUGGAUUUUGUACGUCGUUACAUGAGGGAUUUUAUAGCUCGUCCGGAUGAUAAACAAAUUCACGUAUUCAAUUUUCAAAAAAUUUACAAUUCGAUCGAUGAAGAUUUAAGAGAUGACGACGAAAUGAAAUCGGAGUUACAUUGUCAAAUUCACGAGUUCCGUGAAAAACUUUGGGAAAUUUGCGAUCAAAGAAUGCAAGAAGCUGAACAAGAACGAAUAAAUAUUAUUUUGCAAGAUUGGUUAGCUAAACAAGCUUCUGAAUUAUCAAACGUCUAUGUAACAGCUAUGCAGUUAGAAGUUGAUAGGUGUUGCGAUACUAUGCAACUUUUAAACGAUUAUUAUGCGGUGAUGAUAACGAAAAUACCAGGACAAUGUGCAAUUUUAGACAAAGUUUUUUUAAAUCAAAUUUGUUUAACUGCUUAUAUGGAUUUUCCAAACGCCGAAAAUUAUAAGAUAUUUGUUCGAGAAAUGUUAACCAAUAUUGACUAUGAAUUAGGCGAAACACCUUACCAAAAUACAAUUAAUGAUGAUUUUCAAAAUGCUUUAUCUAAAACUCUAACAUACGAAGAUAUGAGUUUAAAAGAAAUUAAAAAAUAUAGCGGUUUAGUUCAACCUGGUGGAGGAAAAGGAAAAGGAAAAGAUAAAGGUAAAGAUAAAGGUAAAGGUAAAGGUAAAGAUAAAGGAGUUACAUUUACGGAUCCCCCUCCUGAAGUACUCGAACAAGUUCCAAAAUUACUCAGUGAAUGGACUGCUGUUAUACAGGGCGAAAAACUUCGAACAUUGCUUCGAUUAAAUAUGUUGUUCUCUUUGUAUAAUGAAGAUAUUACGGAUAUGUUCACAUGUGGUAUAAAUACAUUUCAUGGUCUUUAUAAUGAUAUUAAAGAACGUUAUCAAAAAGAGAUGGAUAGCGUAGAAAGUUGUUGUGAUGUUAUAUCACGAGCUGUUGAAGAAGAAGUUUCAAUCCAACCUCAAUUAAUUUUGCGAGGACCAGAUUUUUAUAUAGAUCCAAACGUAAUGCUUUUCGAAGAUCCUUUGCCUAUGUCAACAGAAAUUACAACAGAAUAUGAACAACCUGAUAGCUUUACUAUAGACCAAUUAACAAAAUUGGUUACAAUAAUGAUUCAUUAUGCCCCAAGGGGAAUUGUUCCAGAACAAGCUUUUUUAUUUGUUUUACAAGAUAUGAUAGUUUUUAUUCCCGAUGAUGGCGGAAUUCCAACAAUACCCGAAUUGUGGAGAAAAUUGUCAUAUAAAGGUAUGAAUCGAUUGUGUCACGAGUUUUAUGGAAACGUUGAAAAAGUUGAUUGGCGAGAUUUCAUUUUGUACAAUUUGUGUAUUAAAUUUCCAAGUGAAGAUGAAAUUAUGGAUAUGAGACGACAAUUUCGAGAAUUGGACGAAGAUAAAAAGGAAUUUGUUUACGAUUACCAAUACGAUUCUAUACGGUUUUGGUUCGAAAAGGAAUUUGAUAACUCUAAUCCACAAGAUUUUGAUAGAUUUAAAAAAAUUAAGAAGAUUUUGUUUCGAAUAUAUGCAUUAGAUGCAGAAACAGUAAAUUAUACAGCACUGUUAUUGGGUUUUUGUAAAGGAGCAACAACAAUAGAAGGGGUAGCUAAAGCUUUAGCUCUUUCGAUUGGAAAACUAGUUUGCCAUCAAAUGGAAAUCGGCCAGGAAUUUGUUGAAACACUACGCGAACGCAAACGUCAACAACUCGAAGAGGAAUUACUGUUUGAAUUACAAGAGAAGGAAAAACAUGAUAUAGCUACUGAUAUUAUUAUAUCACUUAUAGACACAACCGUGCAUGAAUGCGAUAGUUGUAUUGUAACUGACAUUAUAGAUCCCGAUGAUCCCAAUCAACAGCCUCCACCAAAUGUUGGAAUUUUUUCAGAAAGUAUGGAAUACUUAGAUCGCUUAAUCAAACGAUACGGCCCCGUUGAUUAUUUUGACAGUGAACACGAAGGCGAAUUUUAUCAAGAUGAAUUUACGAAUUAUGGAGAAAUAGGUCACGAGGCGUACAAAAAUCCGCCGUUGGUGUACUACUUACUUUACGACCAUAUAUUUACGGUAUUAAUGGCCACCAUGCCUUGGCGCGCUAUCGUUGAAAACGUUGGCGAAAUCACAUUUCGUCAAAAACUUGAGAAUGUGUAUGAGGAACUUAAAAAUCCAGAAUUUGACGAUAUCGUUUUGAUGCACGAAUUUUUAAAUAGCAUCCAAUUUGAAGAACUCAUGGAGUGUACGCAAAAGUUUAAAAUUAUUAAUCCGAGGGUGGUUAUUCGGAAUUUGUUAGGUGAUGUUUGAAUAAAUAUUAUGUCAUUUUGAAUUUUGAAAAAAGAUGAGUUUAAAGAGAUUAAUAAA